AACCGACCCAACUACGGCCCAUAAUCGUACGUCAUUUGUAAAAGUUAGAUAGUAUUAGGGUUUUUCAUCUUCUUCAGUACCCUUACAACUCUCCCUGCUGCUGCAAUUUCGUCCAGCAAUGGCUUCAGAGAAGAAAUUGAGCAACCCCAUGAGGGACAUCAAGGUACAGAAGCUUGUACUCAACAUCUCCGUCGGUGAGAGUGGAGAUCGACUCACCAGAGCAGCAAAGGUCUUGGAGCAACUCAGCGGCCAAUCACCUGUUUUCUCCAAGGCAAGAUAUACUGUGCGGUCCUUUGGUAUCAGACGUAAUGAAAAGAUAGCUUGUUACGUGACUGUCAGAGGUGAGAAAGCGAUGCAGCUACUUGAGAGUGGAUUGAAAGUUAAGGAAUAUGAGUUGUUGAGAAGGAACUUCAGUGAAACCGGCUGCUUUGGGUUUGGUAUUCAGGAGCACAUUGAUCUUGGAAUUAAAUAUGACCCUUCAACUGGUAUUUAUGGUAUGGAUUUCUAUGUUGUCUUGGAGCGUCCUGGAUACCGUGUUGCUCGUCGCCGUAGGUGCAAGUCUCGCGUCGGGAUCCAGCACAGAGUCACAAAGGAUGAUGCAAUGAAGUGGUUCCAGGUCAAAUAUGAAGGUGUUAUCCUUAACAAGUCCUCAAACAUUCAGUGAUAAGCUGAGAGCCAGCUUAGCCAAGUUUAUGGAUUUUGUAGACUGAUAUCUUUAUCACUCCUAGAUGAAAGUUUCGGUGAGUUUCUAUUAGUUUGUGUAUGACAGUAUGAGGAUGUGUUAGUUCUCAUUUUUGGCUAUCAGAUGAACUCAAAUCUUUUUUCUUUUUUUGUGGCAAUCAUGGUAGAACCAGCAAUCUAGUAUUACGAGAGACGUUAUGAAUACCUACUUAGUUUCCAUUUGUGGUAAUGAAUUGGUAUUGUUUAAACAUUUUUUAUUAA